AAUUUAUGUACUUUUCAUCACUCAUCGCAGCUGCUAGUAUAAAUAAUCAGCUCAGCUGGUGCCUGUUCCGGAAGCAGAUCAUCACCUCUCCACCCGUUUCUUUCUCGGCCCAUCCAACACGCGCUCUUGCUUGAACGCGCAAAGAGAAACACGACGGGCGAGGCGAGCGAGAUGAGGUUCUUCCUCAAGCUCGCUCCUCGGUGUUCCGUGCUGCUUCUCCUCUUGCUGGUGACGGCGUCGCGGGGGCUUAACAUCGGCGACCUGCUUGGCAGCACGCCGGCGAAGGACCAGGGAUGUAGCCGGACGUGCGAAUCCCAGUUUUGCACAAUUGCACCUCUGCUGAGGUACGGCAAGUACUGCGGGAUCCUCUACAGCGGGUGCCCCGGCGAGAGGCCAUGCGACGCGCUCGACGCCUGCUGCAUGGUGCACGACCACUGCGUCGACACCCACAACGACGACUACCUGAACACGAUGUGCAACGAGAACCUGCUGAGCUGCAUCGACCGGGUGAGCGGGGCGACGUUCCCGGGGAACAAGUGCAACGUCGGCCAGACGGCGUCCGUCAUCAGGGGGGUCAUCGAGACGGCCGUGUUCGCCGGCAAGAUCCUCCACAAGCGCGACGACGGCCAAUAGCUAGCCACCACGUUUCGCACAUACACACGCUGUACAGUGAAUCAGUGAUAGUACAAAGAAGCCUAGAGGUAAUAAAACCGCGCGGCGGCGUCCACCGGUGGCCGUGGCGUGGCGGUGCGGCAACCAGAACGCGGCAUGCGCGCGCUUGCUGGCAGCUGGACCACCUGUGGUUCGUAGGCGUAGGCAUUGGACCUCGGUUGUUGGUGCGGCAAUGGCGUUGGCCACUGGCGACGGGGAGGAGUAACAUUAUGCUCUGUUAGUCAAUAAGACGGAACAUGUUACAAAAAAAAAAAAGAAAUUAUUAAAUGGAACAUGGUUGGUUAUUGGUAGACAGUCUUGUUAGUUUCA